ACUUUCGGACACAUAUGAGAAGGCUGCUCUGCUUCACUUCUCUGUUUGCCAUCCCCAUUUACCCUCUAGUCCUCUACUUUGUUGUCCCCGAACGACUCCUCUUCAGCAUCUUAUCGUUUGAAAUUUUUUCCUUUACUUUGUCCUGUCUUUGUUCAUUUUCCGUGAGUUCCGCUCUCAUGUUCGUCUGAUUUUGUUCAAACGAAGCAUUGAUUUGGUGGAAAUAGCACGCUUGAAUGGUUCUUGGCGGAUUCUUUCCUUUAAUUAACGCAUGUAAACCUUGGACCAAAGUUUGAAUCUUGAAUCGUCUUAGGGGUUUAGAUGUAGUUCGUCUUGGAUGGCUAUCAGAGGCGUCGAUUUCAAGUGGUACGAUGGAUUUUUCUUGUCGAUGCUCGCAACAAGUGUAAUCAUUGUUUCCAUUAAUUGGAAGCGCUAUCAUCUUUGUACAUACCCGUUGCACAUAUGGAUCGUGGUUGACUAUACAACUGUCUUUGUUUUUCGGCUGUUGAUGUUUGUAGACAAUGGCCUUGCUGCAGGAAUGGGUUUAGAUUUUGGAUGGCAGCAAAGAUAUGCUCGCUUCUGUGGAAGAAUUGUGGUUCUUUCAAUUCUUUCCCUGUUGCUGUACCCCUUUCUUUGGGCUUGGACUGUAAUUGGGACCUUAUGGUUCACAAGUGCAAGAGGCUGUUUACCUGAGGAAGGCCAAAAAUGGGGUUUCCUUAUUUGGUUGCUUUUCAGCUAUUGUGGGUUAAUCUGCAUUGCUUGCAUGUCUACAGGAAAGUGGUUGACACGACGACAAGCACACUUACAACGUGCUCAACAUGGAAUUCCAAUUUCAGAAUAUGGUGUUUUGGUUGACAUGAUCCGGGUACCUGACUGGGCAUUUGAAGCUGCUGGUCAAGAGAUGAGAGGGAUGGGCCAAGAUACUGCUGCCUAUCAUCCAGGACUUUACUUAACUGCUCCUCAGAGAGAAGCAGUGGAAGCACUUAUUCAGGAACUUCCCAAGUUCAGACUGAAGGCUGUUCCAACUGAUUGCAGUGAAUGUCCCAUCUGUCUUGAAGAGUUCCAUGUUGGAAAUGAGGUUCGUGGACUCCCUUGUGCUCACAAUUUUCAUGUGGAGUGCAUUGAUGAGUGGCUUCGGCUGAAUGUGAAGUGCCCCCGCUGUCGUUGCUCCGUCUUCCCCAACCUCGACCUCAGUGCUCUCUCCAAUCUCAAUGCAGAUUCUGGCCGUACCUCUGCCAGUGUUGUGACUACAACAAGCUAUGCACGAGCUCAACCACCUGGGCAGAGCUAUCUACUGAGAUUGCAGGGUCUUCUCCGCCCAAUUCGCACCGAAAACGCUGUGUCAAUCAGUGAUCCAGACAUCGCCUUGGAAGCUGCUGAGAAUGGAGGUCUUUCAACGGUAAUUGAGAGCCCUUCAAGCACAGAGGUGCCAGCCAGACCAGCACCAUCCAUGGAAUGUGUUCUGGAUCAUUCACCUCAACCUCGCCCUUAACUGUCUCAGGUCCGCUGGAGAAAUUGAUUGUCCAUUAAUUGUACUGAGUACUGACCCCCGGUUGUAACUUGUGAGUAGUAAAAGAGAGAUUCCUUUGUUCCACACAUCAGAGCUAAAUUGUUCAUGGAUGUAGGCUGUGGUUGCCUGUUUGGUGAUGUACUUUUUCAUCUACCAUCAAUUCAAUUGGUGAAUGCAGUUAAUUCUCAAUCCCUAA